CCCUACAGCUUCUCCCCUUCUCACUAUGUCCGGCAAGAAACGCGCCGUGGCCUCGACCCCUCCGCCCAGCGAGGGUGACCACGCUGGCCAGCACCCUGGUAAGCGUGCUCGCAGCGACAUCACGCUCAAUGCGCGGACCCUGCAUCAGGUCUUGCUCGACCCGAACCCCGAAGUCCCGGCCAGGGCCCUCCCGCUCUUUGCGCCGGCUCUUCGGCGGACGUGUCUGAUCGACCGUGGCAUCGACACGGAUCCCUCGCCUGCGCCCCUGGAAAUGACCUUCCUUGUGGACUUUGCCAAGCUCGACCCGGCUGGCGAGUCCAUCAUUUGGUAUUGGCGCAACGACGUGUCCAAGUCGGUCCCGCCCAGCUUUGAUGGGCAGCUUCUGCUCAUCGCAGCGAUCAUGAUCGAGCUGUCCACCGAGACGGCCGAGACCCGAGCUCUUGGUAUCGCACUGGCUCGGUUCUUGCUUACCUCCAACCAGUGCAAGAAGCUCUACCACGCUCUGGGCGCCGAAACCUUCCCCCACCGGGAGGCCGGUCUCCAUGCGCUGAUCGCCAUCCAGCGCCUGAGUGACAGCUUCGCCACCCAGCUCUUGGAUACAUUCAACUUCUCCUUCAAGCCGCUCAACCGCAUCCUCUCCGGGCGGGGAGCCUGUGCCAUGCCCUCGGCUUGGCAGGGUGACACUUCUCCGCGCGGGAUCUACAUCGGCUUCCUGAUGGGCUUCUGCGGAAGCCAGAGCUCUGCCAUCCGGAAGAAGGCCCUGGCCCUUAAGGCCCCGAUCGCCGCGGCUCUGCGUGACCUGAACCAGGACAGCGCCCCGCUUGUUUUCCAGGUUCUCAAGGGCCUCUUCGAGAUGCUGGUGGUGGAUGAUCGCCUGGCUCGGUCCCAGCGGGCCAGCUUCCUGCUGGGCCCGGUGCUGGAGGCCCUGGUCCGGCUGUUCUCCUGGGCGCCCGCCCCGCAGACCCCCGACGCGGAUACCCGCAUGGCUGAGGUUGUCAAUGUGGUGGAUUCCUUCUUCGGCAGCCUGCUUGCCACGCCCGGCGUUGGUCUGGCCCCCACCACUCAUGAGGCGAAUGCCCUCUUUGUGAAGUUCUUUACCGGGGCCGAGGAGACCCGCAAUACGCCCCAAUCCUUCUCGGUGGCUCUGCGUGUUCUUGGGAUGCUGGACCCCACGGCGGAGCUUCGCCAGUCGGAUCUCCUGAUGCGCAUCCUGCACGUGCAUCCUUUCCUGACCGCCAGCUUCUGGCGGCAGUUCACCUUCUCGCCGGACCCGCGCCCCUCGCUCAAGUGGUUUUCGGCCAUCACCUUCAUGUCCAAGGUCAUCGCCCUCGACCCGCCGGCUUUCGAGGACCCGACGAAGCCCCUGCCCGCGUCGGCCCUCGCCGACUUGAUCAUCCCCACCUGGCUGUCGCGCACCGCCCUGAGUGCGGCUCUGCAACAUACCGAGCCCCUGGUUCGCUAUUUCGCCCUUUCCGUCCUCAACACCAUUUUCCAGAAGUUCAAGCGUGUGGUGACGCUGCUGGAGGAGGCCGAUCGCGCGGUCGAGGGUGCCGGGGAUGCGCUUGCUGGUGCCUGGACCCGGACGACCAUCGAGCUGCGUCAGCUUCUCCGCCGGCGCCUGCCCGACUUCCAGGUGAUUCAGGCUCAGCAGGCCCGUGUGAGCCAGGUGUUCGCCGCGGAUCACCAGGCUGGGCGCAAGUCCUCUUCUGUUCUUCUGUAUCUGGCGUCGCUGUCCGCCCUGCUGAGCUUUGCACAGAACUUGCCGGAGGCGGCCAUCGAGUCGCGCUUCGAUCCGGCUCGUCUUUUCCCGACCGCCGAGAUCCUGCGCGCCAUGCCGCAAUCACUUCAGCUCCUUCACUUGCGCAUCCUGCCUCUGCUGCCGGUGUCGGCCUGGGAGAAGACCCCGGCCUUUGGCCUGGCUAAUGCCCUGGUGGCCGAGGCUGAUGCCAUGCCAACCCCGCCCGCCCGCCUGGCCGCCCUGUCGGCUGAUGGCCCGACCACUGGACCGCUCCUCCUGGCUGCCGCCACCAUCCUCGCCUUCCACCAUGUCUAUUUCCAGCGUCUUGGUGCUCCCACUCCUGGCGUGUAUCUCUGGUUCCGCCAUUACUUCCUCCAGAAGGCUACCAACUUGGAGGCCGAAUCCGCCCCCCUCCUUCAAGUCCAGAUCCCGCCGCACACCUGGAUCCGCUUCUUCGCCGAGCACGGCGUCCUGGCUCGGCCGGUGGUCCUGCGCUUCCUGCUGGUCGUCCUCAAUGGCGCAGCCACGCGUGAUCUUUCCGAGGCGGCCCUGCUCGGCAUCCAGCGUCUGGCCGCCGCGCCGACCGGCAAGUCGGCCGAUGCAUCGACUCAGCAAACCCUGGCCGCCAUCGUGACGGCCUGCUUCCGGCGCCUGCAUGUGCUGGCUGGCACCGCCUCGGACCAGGCCUCGGUGACCGUGGCCCCGGCCGAGGCAUUGGCUCAGCUGGCCUCUCAGGACCUCUUCUCGCCAUCUGCCUGGCACGCCCUGCCCGGGAGCCUCCUGCUCUCGUGCGAGCUGGCCAGUGGGGGUCUCCUGCCCGAGCCCAAGCACCGCGAGCUGUGUGCCUGGCUCAAGGCCCAGACCGAGCUGUUUGCUGCCAGCCCGGCCACUGAUUGCCCCUCUCUGCGCCCGGUGAUCCUCUUCUUCGCCAUGAAUAAGCUGUUCUCCAACGACGAGCAGGCGGCCGUCAUCCGGGCCAUCUUCCAGAUGGCCGACGUCGCCGGCGAUAACAAGGCCGAGUCCAAUGUGAGCCUCGUUGUUCGACGCAUGGUCCUCUCGGCAGGCGCCCUGCUGACGCCGAAGCUCCAGCUCCUGUGGGCUCUGCCGCCGGCUGGCGCCGAGGCCGCCAGCCCGGCCGAGCAGCAGCUUGUUCGAUCGAUCACCGAUUCGCUGUCCUCGCUCGCCAACGCCGCCCCGGCGUCCGAUGUGGAGAUGCGCCCGGCCGAGGGGGAAGGCUCGGCUCUCGAGGCGGCCUUCCGAUUCAUCGGUGCCGAUGCCGGUGGCGUCCCGUCGAUGGAGACGACUGAUCUUUUGCUCCAGCAGCCCGGUUCCCUGGGCGAGCGCGACCUGAACACCCUCCUGCAGGUGGCCACCGCUGUGCUGACCCAAGCGGACCUCCUUUGCCAGGCUCUGCAGCCCGGAGACCACCAAGAGCCGGGCUCGCUGGCCGACACGCCAGCUGCCGUGAAGGCCCUGCAGAGGGUGCCCCUCCUGGCGGCGGCCCUGAAUGCCCUUCGUCGCGGGCUCCUGCCCCGGAUCAGCCCCUGGGCCAAUGGGGCCGGUGGCCGCACCGGCGGCUCCGGUGGACGUGGCGUCUUCCUGGCUCUCUCCUCCACCAAGAGCGUCUUCUUUGAGGCGGUGAUCCAGGCUCCGGCCCUGAUGGCGGUUCUGCGUUCGCGCGAUGCCCGGGUUAUGCCGGCGGUCGAGGCGACGGCUGCCCUGCUGGCCGGCGCGGCCGACCUUGUCUGGCCAUCGCGCAUGGACAUCAACGGUCGCGCCGGGAUCGGCGGCCGGUCGACCCCCCUGGCCGAUGCGGAUGUCCUGCCGGUGUCCGCUUCGAUGGUGUCCCGGCUGCUGCGCGUGUACCAGGGCACUCAGCAUCAUGUGGAUCGGCUCCUGUUGGCGGUUCUCCUGCGCCUGGAGGCGUGGGGCUGUGUGGUCCUCGGGCCGUUGGCCCUGUCGCACUCGGGCUUCGCCGCGUCGCUCAUCGACGAAAUGGCCCGGUCGUCUGUGUCGCAGUCGCGCGCGGCCCUGCGAGGCACUGUGCAGGGUCUUGUGCAGGCAGUCGACCCGACCCUCAUGGCGGCCAGUGUGCGGUCCUUCGAUCCGCUUUCCACCCUGGAGGCCCCGGCCAUCGAGGGGCUGCUGGAGGCCUUCGAUGCGCGUGGCAGCCAGGCCGACGGGGCCCGCCGCCGGUCGGCCAUGCAGCGCGGUGCCUAUGACCCGGCCUUCUUCAUUCCCCUGCUCUUUGCCCUGCUGGCGCAAUCCAUCCCGCAUAUUCGCCCUCCGCGGGACCGCAGUGGGGCGGCCGGUGCGGCGGCCGCAGCCGCCGCGGCCGCCGCCGAGGACGAGCUCAUCGACCGCCAUGAUGCGGCCCUGGCUGCCGGUGAGGAUGUCGGUGCGCGGCCCCGUGUGUUCGGACACAAGGACCGGCCCCGUGGUGGCAGGCAGUUUGAUCGCGAUGGCGCCGACACCUGGGUGGCCCCGGAGACCGGGGCUCCGGUGGUCGGCCCGGUGCUCCGUCGUCUCUUCGAGAGCAACUGGGCCAGCCUGCUGCUGGUGUGCCUGUCCUCCUCGCAGCCGUGCGUCCGUGGUGCUGCCGGUGCGGCCCUCUCCCUGCUUCGUCGGCAUGUGGCGCAGGCUCCCUUCCGGAACAGCUCCCAGGUGUGCUUGGUGCUGGACAUCUUCCGGAAUUCGGUCUCCGCCUGCGAGUUGGCCGCUUCGGGUGGGCGUCCCAUCAACACCGAGUCCAUUCCCCCCCGCGCAUCGUCGGUGGUGGCGCACUUCCUGGCCCGGGCUCUUGGGGUCAUGCUCCAGCCCGAGCAUCCCAUGUUCCCGGUGCUCAACCGGCACUUCCUCCAGCGGUCGCAUCUGUUCUUCGAUGAUGUUCCCCUCUUCUACAACCUCUUCUUCUCCACCUCCCCGGAGCACUUCCGCAGCGAGCGUCUGUGGCUCUUGCGCCUGGUGGCCGAGAGCCUGCAGCCCGGCCUCGUGGACGAUGUGCGCCCAUACAAGCGUCGGCAUGUGUUCUCCCUGCUCCAGACGCAUCUGGACUCGGACCAGGCUUCGCCGGCCACUCGGCGCUUUGUGAUGCUGCUCCUGACUCGGGCGCUGUUUGGCUCGGAGCGUGACACGCUGGCCGGGGCCCUGCGCCGGGAUGUCGGUGAUGCCUUUGGCGCCACCACCACCGCCGAAGGCAUGGACAUGUAUUCGCCGAUGCGCUUCUCUGCCCGGCGGCCAGCCGCGGCCAACCCCGCUGUUCGGGCGCUGCUCAUUCGUGGCGGCCUGGUUCCCUGGCUCACGACGCUCCUUUCACGCUCGGACCCCGUGCAGCUGUACCCCUCGGCCGAUGCCGGCGGUGUGCCGCUCUUUGCGGUUGCCGCGCGCCUGCUGGUCGCGGCGAUGGAUGCCCUCCUGCAGCUGGUUGUCCGACAGAUCCAGAAGGAAUCCGCCGACUCGUCGGAUAGCGACAGCGCAAGUGACAGCGACAGCGACAGCGACGAGGAGAUGGAGGUGGAGCAGUCUAGCUCGGAUUCCGACUCCGACUCCGACUCCGACUCCGACUCCGAUUCGGGUGUGAAGUUGCCCCAGCGCAAGGUGGACCUUCCCUCGACCCCGGCCACCCCGUACAGUGAGCCGGCCUUCAGCCCGGCCGCCAGCACGGGGGCUUCCAAUGCGCUGACCACCCCCCUGUCAGCGCAGCUCCUCAUCCAGUGCCAGCAGGCCGCGCAUGCCCUUGUGGCUGCCCUGCGCAAGCACUUCACCGAGGCCGAUGUGAGCCCCCUCGCGACGGUUGCCAGCUUGAGUGCACCGAGCGUGGCCCAGAAUGCCCUCCUGUCGUCGACCAUCGCCGCGCUGCGCCUCCUCGCUGACAGCGGUCUUGUCCGUGUGGAGGGCAUUCAGGAUCUGCAUGCCGCCACCAAGGCCACUUCGACGCCGGCCGCCUCGUCCGAUGACGAGGAGCAGGACACCCUGAGCGCCGUGGACGAGCACCUGAAGGUUGUCCUGACGGCCGAGCAGCUGCUUCUGGUGUCCGCCUGCUCGGAUCGCCUGCUCCAGGUGGCGGCCAGCGGCGCUGCCCCGGCUCCGCUGUCGGCCGUUCCGCCGGCCGAUGAUGGCUCCAGCAUGGCCUGCUGCCAGUGUGACAAUGCCCUCGGCUACAGUGAUGUGGAGGAGAGCAUCGACGUGCGCCGCCGUCAGGCGGCCGGCGAUCUUGAUGACGAGUCCGACGAUGACGAGGGCAGCUCGGCCCUCGAAUCUGCCUCGCUGGCCCCGGUGGCCACCGGGACCGAGGCGGCCUCGGUCACCAGCGAAGCGGCUGGCCGUGUCGCGGCCAUCCCCUGCCUCGCGCGCCUUUCCUCGGCCGAGCGUAUCCUCACCGCCGACCACUGGGCUCUGGUCAAGACCCCGGCUGGUGGUUUCACCACCUGCGCCUUCUGCUCUCUCCCGCAUGCUGGCGGGGCCGGCUCCGCCGCUCCUGGCGCCGCCGAGGUGCACCCCGUCCGUCGGCAGCUCUUCGGCCUGCUGGCGGCCCUGAACGCCAUUGCCUAGUUAAGACGCCCCUGCCGUGUGACUCGGCUGAGAUCACGCGGACCCGUCUCGGGCCAAGCUAGGGUUUCUCCUGGUGUCCCCCCCCCUCCGUAUCCCUCCCACCUAGACCUUCCUUUUCUCAUCUUCCGCACGAAUACACACUGUCUGUGUCCCUGCA